AGCUGGAAGAAGCGCUAGUACGUCAUAGUACGUCAUCGGGCGAUGACGUCUAGGAUUCGAGAUAUCGAUCGUUAUCGACCGCACGGGAUCGACGCACGAAAUCGACGGUUAUCCAAUUGUUUCAUCUCAGCGGUGUGUACUUCUUUUUUUUCGCAACGGUGUGAUUGAUGAGAUUGCGAGAUAUUUUUAAUUCGGACACGUUUGAUAAGAGAAAUAAUAGAAUAACAGAAUUGAAAAGGAUAACCGAAACAGAUGCAAAAGAUGCACACGUAUCGUGAAACACCAGGCAGAGAGAUUCAUGUAGACUUUGGUAGAGUGCAUGUGGGCGCCGUUGCUGUAAAAUGGAUAGAAAUAGUCAACGAGAAUUGCGUGGAGCAGGUAUACGAGGCCCGAAGGGACAUUACUACUAGUCCCUUGGACCAUGUGUUCGAAUUAAACAGCUAUUCAUGGACAUUGCUUCCCGGCAAAGUAUACAACUGCAAGAUAUGUUACCGGCCGUUCGUGCCGUCCUCAGUAAACGUAGAUUACUUUACGAUUGUGGAUUCCAGUCACAACCGUGUAGAAAUUAAAGUUUAUGGCAUGUGUAUUGGAUCGGUAAUUUCGAUUUCAACGACGAGAUUAGUCAUGAUGUGUACGAGCGAAAGCGCCGAGGCAAAGAAGCGUAUCAGGCUCGUUAACGAUUCUGAAGCCAUAGCGACUUUUAUGUUCGACACCGAUCAGGUUCAAAGGUCGUUCACUGUGAACGCAACGCACGGAUGCGUCGGGCCACGAUCUCACUCAUACGUGACGAUCACUUUUGCGCCUCGGCAAAAUGGGGUCUACUCAUGCCGCUUGCCAUGCUUGAUUUUGCAUCAUAAACCGAUUAUCGUGGAGCUGUACGGCUACUGUGGCACGGCAUUACGUAAAGACGCGGACGUUCAAGAACAAUUUAAUUAUCCCACGAGAUUAAAAAAUGGCUUUGAAGGAUACAUGAGCGAUAUUAUCGUCACCACGCAAGAUCUACCUGCGGUCUCUUUGUCGAAGAGCUGUAUUGACUUUGGUCAAGCCAGUGCGACAGCGAAGGACGCUGCGCAACAGAUUCCGGAAACCUUGUGUCUCACCAAUCACAGCCGAUCCGACGUAUUUAUCAGUUGGAACCAAGAUGUUGAAGACAUUUUCCGCAUCAUACCCGGUACUGUGGUAGUACGGGCAAAGCAGACAGCUUUAUUUGAAGUAGUGUUCGAUCCCAACAAAAAUAGUAGUAAUUUAUUCACGUCGGAACUGGUCGGUUACGUUUUCUCGAUGCAGCGAGAAAACGAUGGUCGCAAGGAAACAUUUAUAUUCCCCGCGACGAUGUCCGUGCGAUUAAUAGGUCACUCUUUUCCCGCUUGCUCCGACGGUUGGAUCCCUCAAUAUGAAAUACCGCAUGUAGUAAAAAUGCCGCCCUGUGUGCCGUCGUUUCCGGUUUACACCACAUUCGUGAUCAAAAGAUUCGGCCAUCUGCCGCUGAUGUACUGUUUUGUACCGCCGGAAUCGAGCCAUUUCGUCGUGAAACCGAUGAUGGGCAUAAUAUAUCAAGAUUAUCAGAUCGUCGUGGUCGGGAUGUUGCCUGAAGGCGAUAACGAACGCGUCUACACGGAGCGUUGGGCGAUACGUUUCAACGGAAACGUCAAAUCGGAAUGCUUCAUUGAUUUUCGAGGGCUCACGGAACACGCUGAAGUCGCCCUCGGCGAUCGGAAUGUCCUGAAAUUCGCUUCGUGUUUCCUCAGCUGCCGAUUGCCACAGCAAUUCUCUAUGCGAAACGUCACUCGUCACAAGAUACGAUAUGAGUUUGUUAAUGUGACAUCCGAGCUUCGGAUUCCAAACGCAAAUGGAGAAAUUUUCUCAAACGAUACUCUUAUUCACGAGUGGGAAUUUUGUCCCGCGAAAAUCGGGAAUUACGAUUUCAACGUAGACUGCGUUUUAACCGUACUGGAAGACGAAAUUCCCGUCGGUGCGAGCGUUUCCACAGCGUUGCGUGUGAUAGGAAGAUGCGAAGUCGGCUUUCUCGAAUCAGUGCCGGACGAACUGAAUUUUGGAGUUCAAGCGUACAAGACGACGAAGGAACUGAGCCUCCUCGUAUUCAACUCGAGUCCCGUGACAGUCUUUUACAAGAUGACGUGCAGUCAUUGCAAUUGGCCGGUUGGAAACGCGGAGCAGGAUGUGAAAAUACGUCUGUCCACGGGCGCCGUUCCCGCCGGACAAAGCGAAACCAUCACCGUUUCUAUCACACCCACCGCUCCUGGCUAUUACGAACUGUUCGUUCGAUACUUUGUGAGAACGAGUCUUCGCACAAGCGCGCUAAUUCCAUAUCAAACACCGAGAAAUAUUUGUAAGCUGCGCUGUUUGUGUGUAUUGCCUACUUUGAAGGUGAAGGAUCUACAGUGUUACGGGCCAUGUCCGGAUACGAGCAAAGCUUCUCUCUGGAAGCUGAUGAAGAUAAACACGCUCAACAAGUUGUUCGAACAUUUGCAACCCGGCACAUCGGAGACGCUGCACAUCAAUUUCCCGCCGAUGGUUUUACAAGAAAGUUCUGUUAUUGUAAAAUUGCUCCUGAUAAACGCUAAAGCGGUGGCCGCUUCUUGGAAUAUCAAAAGAGUGCAGCUGUGCUCUUGCCGACCCGUCAUGAGAAUCCAAGCGCUCUCGUUCCAACGCGCACAGUACGACUGUUGGCACAGGAAAGUGUGCUCUAUGCAGCCGAAAACGGGAAAUCUUCAACAAGGAGAAGAUGCCUGGAUAAAUCUAGAAGUGCGUUACGCACUGUUAGGACGAACCGAGGCGAAGUGGGACGUGGAUCUUGGAGAUGACCGUCACAUUUUCCUGAUUAUGGCGAUCGAGGGUCUGUCCGAAUCUGCGAGGAAGCUCCAUCUUCUGAAUGGCAAGCGGUUCAAGUUCCAGCAUAUCUAUCUUGGUGAUAAAGACCCGGUCUACCAGGUGUGCUGGCUGUACAACGGUACGAACCACAACGUCCCGUUCUCCGUGAAUCACAGCGCGAUGCGCGAGGCAAAUCAGAGAUACUGUUGCGAGGUCUUUUCCUGUGCGACACCGCGCGGAAUCGCGAGUCCGCUGUCUCCUGUCCCGAUCCUUCUGAAAUUUCAGCCGCGACGAUUCGGCGUCUUUGAGGCAAAGUUGUUCUUAAGCUUGGGUGACGAAAAGGAAGAACUGACGCUGGAAGGCGAAUCUUCCCUGCCGCAUAAAGCACCGACGGUCGGCGAACACAUGCCUUCCUAUGUUUCGUACGUCUCUUCCAAUAGUAGUUCCGGAGUUUUCGACAUUCCUGUAUACUUGAGCACUUAUUGCAUAGACAUAUCGCAUAUGGCUACGCACAGUCAUGUAGUGAAGAUGAUCAUGCUGCACAAUAAUUCGCAGUACGACGUGCUCGCUUACGAGUGGAAAAGACUUGAGAUUCCUAGGAUCAUUUACGUGGAAAUUUACCCACGUAAAGGCUUGAUACAACCGAUGGCGACUCAAACUUUUCAUGUAACUAUAAGUACCGGAGGAUGUCCCUGCGUUAUCGAUGUUAACGUGCUAUGCGAGUUUAUCAAUACCAGUCAAAGACGGGACUAUCAGCGAAGCGUCAACAAGCAUGCAGAUUUAUCUCGGGAAUUGGAGGAUCAGUUUAUUCUCACGGAAAAAGGCAUCAGCGUCCCGAAGCCGACGAUAGAAAUCCUAGGGAAGCCCCAAUCUUUUUACAAAGCUAUGUCGGUCCGUUGUUCUAUCUACAGUGUAGAAGAUAAAUUUUUGAAAGUUGAUCUAAUGGAAGAAUUAAGAAGCGCACCACCGUAUACAAUAUGCAUCGAGGAGAACCAGAAACAGGAGACGGCAUUCAAGAAGGAAGAUAUUAGUCGAUCCUCAUUUAUUCUAGAAGGAUUACUAUGGGAAAUAAUCAAUAGUAAACUGUUCAAAAAUCUGAUGCGAGACAUUCUACAAGACCAAUCAGGUUUAUUUUAUUCGCAAUUCGCCAUGAAUUUACACAAAAAAAAAAGACUGAUACGAAGAUCAUAUAUAUCGCCACCACGGGCGUUAAUCAAUCGGAUAUUAGAGAAAAUGCUGUUUGUCAUAGUGCACGAAGAAUUUGCAUUGGAGGCCACUCAUUUAAUUCAGCAUACAGAUAUCAGACAUACAAGCUAUCUGAACAUAAUAUCGGGUAUGAACAGGAAAAAGACAAUUCAUAGAGUGACACGAUUAUGGCAUCACGAUAUAGGACAUCAAGUUGAAAUACCAAAAUCAGUGUCAAUAGCGAGAAUAUCCUUUUACGACAACGUGUAUUAACGUGUAUAUACAGCUAUAUACAGUCGCUG